GGCAGAAGCACCAGUCAUUUCUCCAGACCGACUUGGCCUGUGUGGGUGCUCAGUGGGAUUUCUCCAUCACCUAAGACUUUCCAGAUCAAAUUUCUCCAUGGCUUGUAUUGAAAAUGUCCUUGGAGGGCACGCCCCUUCAUCCAUAGCAGUAGCUGCAGAUGAACUCUGGAUCCAGGUACUGGGCCAGGACUUGCCCCUCCAGUGUCCUCCGAAGGAUGAUGCCGAGACCUGGGGCCACCCUCACGUCCCGCUGAGACCUCCCAUAAUUGUGCUGACCAAUCUGUCAAGAGAGCAACUGGAGCGCCCCUCUGAGGGAGCUGGAUCUGGCCUGCCUAUAGACAGUUUGAGACCUCUCAAACACCCGUAUGGGCCACCACCUGCUGUUGCGGAGGAGUCCCUAGUAACAGCAGAACUAAAUAGCUCUUAUGGUCUGGCAGGCGGGAGGCAGAGGGGCCAGGAUUCUUUUCAUCUGUCCCAGGAAUUCUCUGGCAACUCUCCUGCACGGAUGAUCGGGGGCACAAGGGUCAGCAAUGAGAGAGAAGGCAAUAAUGCAAGGUUAUAUGUGGCUUUGCCACAAAGUCAGGGGUUCUUUCCACCCAGGAGCCCACAAGUAAGAGGCCGUCCAUGCAUGCGCACUGUUAGAUUGGGGAUAAUGAUGGAGCUGCCUCCAGGAAAUAGGAGAACGGCUGGCAAGGGAAGGCUGGCUCACGUUUCUUUCCCCUUGGGGGACCCUCAGCACCCUGUGGAAUAUUGGCCAUGGCCUAUCCCCUUGUCUUCUAGUACCCCAGGUGUACCUGCUGGCGUUGCUGCUCAUUGCUUCAUUUGUCCUCGACCUCCCAGUUUCAAUCCAUUUCUUGUUAUGCCUGUAUCUUUUGCUCCCGCCCCAAAAUUUGGUCCUCUACUGCCUUCUUAUUUUGCCAGUUUCCCUUCCUGGGGCAUGCCACCUCCUGCAUCCUCAAGCAGGAAACACAACUGAUAGCAAACAAGGAAGGAAGGGUUGGGGUAAGAGGUGAAAGCUGUUCCUUUAUGUUUAUAUAUUUGAAACCCCUUACUCUCUUACAUUCUGUUUACCACUUAACAUGCCUUACAUACAUACUUGGAGAUCCAAUAAAGAUCGUAAAGUUUG